AUGACGUGGGUGCCACAGGAGUCUGAUAUAAAGGGAAUUCUUGAUCUUUUGCAUACGUCUCAAACUGGUGACACAAGUGCUCAGCGUCGGGUUCAUGAGACACUAAACACUCUUAGCAACUCGCCGGAUUUCGCAAAGUAUCUUAUAUUUAUUUUCUCAAAAAUGAUUAGUGAAGAUGAGUAUACCCGAUCGAUGAGUGGUUUGAUCCUGAAAAACCAUCUUGCAUCCACGUAUAGCAAGCAACCGCCAGAUGUUAUUGCUUGUGUAAAGGAGGAAGCGCUUAGGUCGAUGAACGACCCACAUCCUUUGAUUCGCUCAACUGCCGGCACUCUCAUCACAACGAUCGUCAGUGUUGGUGGACUGCAGUCGUGGCCACAGGUCAUUCCUCAACUAAUACAAAGUCUCACCACCCACGACCCAUAUCUUCUUCAAGGAACGUUUGAUGCACUUAAGAAAAUUUGCGAGGAUUCCAAGGAUGAUCUUGAGGAUGAUAGCUUCUUUAGUGUGUUAGAUGAACUAAUUCCAAAAUUUAUCCAGUUCUUUUCCCAUCCUCACCCUAAGAUAAGGUCUCUUGCAUUGCAUUGUGCCAAUCAAUUCAUAUCAAAUCAGUCACGUGCUUUCAUGAAUCACGUUGAUGAAUUUCUCCGAGCUCUUUUUGCGUUAGCUGACGAUUCAUCUAAAGAGGUUGUCAAGCUUGUGUGUUCUGCUUUCGUUUUUCUUGUGGAGGUUCGCGUCGAUUUGCUCCUGCCGCAUAUGUCAAACAUAAUUGAGUACAUUUUGCUCCGAACCCAAGAUGCCGAUGAGGCUACAGCACUUGAGGCAUGUGAAUUUUGGCUCUCUCUGUCUGAUGCACCUUUGUGCUUUCAAGUUUUGAGCGCUUAUCUUGAUCGCCUUAUUCCAGUGCUUGUGCGAGGGAUGAAGUAUUCAGAGAGCGAUCUUGCUUUGCUUAGCAAUGAUCUCGAUAACGAUUCUCAUGUGCCGGACAAAGAUAGUGAUAUUAAACCACGAUUUCAUAAGCCACGAAAUCGAAUGCAAGGUGAUGAGGACGGUGAUGAGGAUGAUGAUGACGAUGAGUACGUAAGCAAUUGGACCCUCCGAAAGUGCUCAGCGGCGGCAUUAGAUGUGCUAGCUAACGUAUUUCACAGUGAAAUUCUUCAAUACCUUCUCCCCACUACAAAGGAGUAUCUGCUCUCCCAAGACUGGCGCUAUCGAGAGUCAGCCAUCCUUGUUCUCGGUGCCAUCGCCGAAGGUUGCAUGAAUGACAUGGUGCCAUAUCUCCAGGAUCUUUGCACCUUCUUCAUCAAAGCUCUGGCUGAUCCAAAACCGCUUAUUCGGAGCAUCGCCUGUUGGACCCUAAGUAGAUACGCUAAUUGGAUUGUUGGACAGCCACACGACCAAUACCUACGCCCCUUAGUAGGGGAGCUCUUAAAUCGCAUUCUAGACACCAACAAGCGCGUUCAGGAAUCAGCCUGCUCGGCAUUUGCCACUUUAGAAGAGGAAGCUGGAACGGACCUGUGUCCCUACUUGGAUCAUAUACUUCAGACUUUGGUCACCGCAUUGGGUCAGUAUCAGCACAAGAAUCUGAUUAUCCUCUACGACGCUAUUGGCACUCUAGCUGACUCUGUGGGGCACAAUUUGUAUAAAAAAGAUUAUGAAGAGCUGCUAAUGCCCGCGCUAUUUGCCAAGUGGAAUAACCUUAGAGAUGACGAUAAGGACCUGUUCCCUCUUUUGGAAUGCCUAUCGAGUGUCGCUACCGCUCUUGGUAUUGGCUUUUUACCCUAUUGCGCGCCUGUAUUUAAUCGGUGUGUGGCUUUGGUCGAGAAGACUAUCCAGCAGAGCAUUGUGAGUUUGUAA